AUGCUUUCCCGUUUUUCCGCCGCUGUCCGCCUGGCGCGCCCCGCUUUCACCCCUGCCCUCCGCUCCUUCGCCUCGACACCGAUCUCAAAAGCCGAGGAGGCCGAGUCACCAGCACCUCCGGCUCCUAAGAAGGCUGCCCGUGGAAUUUCGUCAUUGAAGGAGGGAACGAAGAUGGAGGGGCUUUCGGUCCUCAAGGACAAGGAGGACCCGGUAGCUAUGGCGGACGACAAGUACCCGGAUUGGCUCUGGAAGCUCCUGGACGACCCGGCGGCUGCCAAGGCGAAGGAGGGCGUGAAGGAGGGCGAGUUUGACUUCCACGCCGAGCGCAAGCGUCUGCGCACUCAGAACCGUACCAACAUCCGGGCCGCCAACUUCCUCAAGACCACUUAA